AUGCCCAGGGACAUGGUGCCAGAGGACUACCUGAAUAAGGACUUUGACUACACAAAGCUAACAAAGACACAGCUGCGCAGAAUCAUGUACGAAAACGGGGUUGAAGCCAUUCCUCCAAUAACGGCCAAGAAAUCUGAGCUACUAGACGCGUACAAAGAAAAUAUACAUGAUCGCAUCAAUGUGCUGGUGAGCAGGAAAAAAAACAUCUCUAUGGAUAAUCCAUUUCAGGCCUCGUCGCCAAAAAAGAAGUACACCUUCUCCGAGAUUCCUGGUGCAAGCAGUGGGAACGAAAGCCCCAAUAAGAAGACCCGCUCUGAAGAGCCACCGGCGUCUAACACCAGGAUAUCCCGGAAAGGCGAAAAAGCACCCGAUGGGAGUCCCUCGGAAAACUUUUCUCUAAAGAAGUUUAGUUAUGUGGGGAGUACUUCUUCCGUCCAAGGGAAAGGAAGCGUCUCUAUAGAAGACAAGGGCUUGGGUGCAUCAAGCUUGAUCAUAGACUCCUCUGCAGCCAACAACUCUACUGUUGAUUUCAGCGGCUCCUCCCUUUCAUCAUCUUUCAUCCACUCAUCUUCCGAGGAGUGUCCUUCCGCUUCUAGAGGAGGUGACAGAGGAAUAAGCAAUUCGGAGCUAAGGAAAAGAGCGUUCACCUCUGAUCCAACUCUGGACAAGCCAGAUUCGAAGUCCAGGCAUUCUUCUCCCAGAUCAGUAUCUAGCAACUCUACAAGAAGCAGUACUAGGCCCAAGCCUCAGGGCAGAAAGGGUAGAUGGUGUCUUGUUGUUCUAUCGACUAUUGGAUUCGCAGCAGCCAUAUACUUCCGGUUUAUAUGCCCAUAUUGUCCGAAUGGUAAGCUCCCCUGUAUCCCCUUGCCGGAGCAUUCCAGAGUUGUCGAUGGGAGAUUGGUAUGUGACAAAGGAUUCAUGGUCAGGUACGGGAUUUUUAGGAAUUAUUGUACAAAAGAUAAUAGACGCGAAAAAGAAGUACAGAAGAAAGUCAAGGAAUUAAGAAAGACACUGGAGAGAAGAAGCGGGGAUUAUAUGUACAAAAUGGCACCUACCAAGGCAGUUCCAAUUGAGCUUCUGACCAAAGACCCUGAGGUAGCAGAAAGACUAAAGAAGGAGGUUGGAAUAGUCAUCUCCAACGGAAUGGUCUAUUCUGUAAACACAAGGGUGUCUGCACGAACCUUUUUUAGAUACUAUCUCAGAAGAAUACUCAUGAUAUCUACGCCACUGGCAGUUAUGGUGGGUGUGGUCAGAGCGAUCAGGAUGUUUAAGAAGAAAAAGGAGGAAAGACUGCACAUGGCACGAAAAAUAAUGAAGGAUAUUGCGGAUGUCUUGGUGAGGCAGAUAUAUGUAUCUACAAGAAAUGCCAGCUUUCCUAGCUACGUGUAUAUAGAGCAGCUUAAGGAUUGCUUUGGAGUUGAUAAAAGAGUCUGGAGGGAGGUUGAGAGCAUGAUCCUCGCAAACUCUAACAUAAGGGAAUCCUGUGUAGAGGGCAGAAGGGCCUGGGAAUGGGUUGGGCCUAUUUUAUAUAAGCCGGAGUUCAACGGGAGUUUGUUCUAG